AUGACUGAUGUCUCGUUUGGAACUGCAGUUUCCAUCCCACAGUAUUACCCAAGCAAGGGUGCAGCGUACGGAGUCGCCUCACUAUUCUUCGUCCUAGGCUUGAUAUUGCUAUUUGAGGGCCGGCGCGCGCAGAAACAUCGUCUUACAUGCAUCGGUGUUCUCAUUGCAAUGAUGCUGGGAGGUGCUUUUGUCGCCCGCGGUAUCUUCAUUAAAAAUCAGAUGCGGGAUGCCAAGUCAUUCACCACAUUCAGCGUGCUCAACAGCAUUGCUCCUAACUUUAUCAAUCUCGUCAACUGCCUUCUGCUGGUUAAUAUGCUCAAGUCCUUGGUCCAUGGGCCGUCCCGUAAGGCAAUAAUUGGGUUCCGCGUGUUUGCCAUCGUCAUGUCGGUAACCUUUAGUGCACUGUCAGGAGCCGGAUCUGGGCUAAUGCAGGAUACUGCGUCUCUAGACCAGCUCAAGACUGCAUCAAACUUGCUCAAGGCUAGUAUUGCCGGACAAGUCGCCAACAAUGCGGUGGUGGUGCUAUCCACCAACUUCUUCUUGGCCAAGUACGCUGAGGCUCGCACAAAACCAGAAUGGUAUGCAAACAUUUGCAUCGGCGGAUUUUUGAUCUUGCUGCGCAACAUCUUCAAGCUCGUUACCAUGUUCUGCCCGCAGGUCACAUUUAUGGUGACCAACGAAGCUGCCUGGUACUGUGUCGACCCGAUGCUGAGCAUGCUGGUACUAUUGACAUGGGUGGUUUUAGAUAUGCCGCGUCGUUGCCAGCCACCAGUUCAGUCAGCCCAGUACCAGCAGCAGACCGAUACGAACCCUAAAUCCUAGUUAUAUUUAAUUUGUUGCCGAAUAAUACUGUAUCCUGC